UCUCUUAACGACAUGUCAGUGACAAGAACUGACAAGUCGAUUCCUGUCAGCUGACCCCGAGACCCCGUCAAAUUUGUGUGUGUCAAAAUAUUUGUAGGUUAUACAGAUAAGGUGGUGUCACAGAUUUUUAGUAUUACAAAACAAAGCAUACAGAAUGAAAAUAUUUUAAACGUGUAUUUUUACUAUUUUUUAAUAAUGUUUGUCGUAUCGAGUGUGAGGUAGCCCGAUGUGUAAUAUGUGCAGAUCAACUUUUGAUCAGUGAUUAUUUUUUGGUGCACAAAUAGUCCAUGGAGGACGACUGAUAUCUCAGGAAUCAUGAUUUUCUGAGAACUAUAGCAGUGCAAUAAUUUGAUAAACUAUCAGACUGCAUUUCAACCAAAACUAUUUUCCAUUCAAAAUUGCUCCUGAUGCUGUGAUAAGAUAAAAUGUGAUGUUGGGCACUCUCAAAACCUACUAACCCAUCUAAACCCCAGUUCUCACUACUUUAAAAAUCACAAAAUGGAUAAAGUGGAUCAGAAAACGAAAAAUUCAAAGCGCCAUGGUACCGCCGACACCCACGGCGCCAGACAUAACGUCAAUUCCAGCUCUGGGGUCCUAAUGGUGGGCCCCAAUUUCCGCGUAGGCAAAAAAAUAGGCUGCGGCAACUUCGGCGAAUUACGCCUAGGCAAAAACCUAUACAAUAAUGAACAUGUAGCUAUCAAAAUGGAAGCUAUGAAAUCCAAAGCACCACAACUGCACUUAGAAUACCGAUUCUAUAAACUCCUCGGCAGCCACGAAGGCAUACCGGACAUUUACUAUUUCGGACCGUGCGGCAAAUACAAUGCAUUGGUCAUGGAACUGUUAGGCCCCAGUUUGGAAGACCUGUUUGACAUGUGUGACCGAAAAUUCACCUUAAAGACUGUCCUCAUGAUUGCAAUACAACUCCUCUACCGUAUUGAAUACGUUCACUCUAGGCACCUAAUUUACAGAGAUGUAAAACCGGAGAAUUUCCUCAUAGGGCGUAGUAGCACAAAGCGAGAAAAAAUCAUCCACAUCAUCGACUUCGGCUUGGCCAAAGAGUAUAUAGAGCUUGAAACAAACAAGCACAUACCUUACAGAGAACACAAAUCCCUGACAGGUACCGCCAGGUACAUGUCCAUAAACACGCACCUAGGCAAAGAGCAGUCCCGAAGGGAUGACCUAGAAGCCCUAGGCCACAUGUUCAUGUACUUCCUACGUGGCUCCUUGCCCUGGCAAGGCCUCAAAGCAGACACCCUCAAAGAAAGGUACCAAAAGAUAGGCGACACCAAAAGAGCUACCCCCAUCGACGUCCUUUGUGAAGGACACCCCGAAGAAAUGGCUACAUACUUGAGAUAUGUAAGGAGACUGGAUUUCUUCGAAUCGCCCGACUACGAAUACCUGCGCAACCUCUUCAUCAGCUUAUUCAACAAAAAAGGCUACGUUGAUGACGGCGAGUUUGAUUGGUCGGGCAAGACUAUGACUACCCCGGUAGGCUCUCUCCCAGCCAAUCCCCACGAAGUAGCCGAAUCCCCGUACAGGGGCCUCAGCAAAACGAACAAGACCCACAUCUGGCCUGAAGCCUCCAAGCAGACCACCCUGGGCAACCUGACUCCAGCGGACCGACACGGGUCUGUCCAGGUGGUGAGCUCGACCAAUGGGGAACUUAAUGCUGACGACCCCACGGCGGGGCACAGCAAUACCCUCAUAGCACACCACCACGAGGUAGAGGUGGUGGACGAGACCAAGUGCUGCGGCUUCUUCAAGCGCAAGAAGAAGAAGAGCGUGCGAGCGAAGUGACUGCAGUGCAGCGAGACGGACCAGCACUUGGUGCUGUUGCCUUGCGGACAGAGCGGGGCCACGAUGACCGAGUGAGGUAUGCGCCAUGUCCAAAAUAAGGAUGUGUAUCAUGGGGGUCUCGAAAACCGUAAGAGAUAUGAAGAUGGUUGAAUUAGAGAAAAGUUGCGCAUUUUCUAGUAUACCGGGUGGCACAGCAGACAUGUAACAGUCUGUAGUUUUUUUAUUUGAAGAGUUGAAAGAUUGAAUUUCACAAGGGUUUUAUUAUCAAUGAUGGCGCUUUCCUUGAACCUAUUGAUGAUUUUCUUCAACCUGUUUGAUUGGAAGUAGACCCAACUUUUUUUUUUUUUCAAAUGGCACCCUGUAAAUUUCUGUAGCCUAUCUUAUUCGC